CUCUUAUAAUUUGUUCUCAAAUGCAUCAUGGAGUACAAUCCUUGAACUUUAGAUCUUUUGAGUGUAUUACAUUGUAAGGAAUGGCUGAGAUUUGUAAGCCAACAGCACCUGAAGACCACCCAAUUCAUAACCAUGGUCCCUUACCCACUACCAAAUUAUACCAUUAUUAUUCUUAUGCUUCCCUUCCUAUGGAAUGUAGGAAUUGUUGGUUAUGUAGGGACAUUUAAAAUUCUAGGUCAGAGAGCUCAAAUGCCUCUUCAACCUUCUAACCAAAGGAUUUCAUAGUUGGAACCAUGGCAGCUGAAGUGAAAUAAUAGUUCUAUAAUUCUGUAGGGUAAAUGGAUGUCAGGUCUAGUAGAAAAUGCUAUUGGUAAAAUCUAUUGAUAAAAGAUUCCACCACACUGAAAUCCAGUUGUAAUGGGAUGGGAGUGAUUUCCUUUUUUCCACUACAGAGCUCAAGCACCUUGAAAUUAACUCCUGAAUGGUGCAAAACUUUAUAGAGUCAGUCUUGGGUGGCUUCGAGAGCUACAGGGUGGAAGGGAAGGGAGAUAAGCAUAAGAAUCUUUUUAGAUAUAUAUACAUAUUUCUUUUGUGGGAAACAUGUUGAUGAAAAUUUCUAAUUUUAAUUUGCAGCUUGUCCUGGAAAGAAGAUGGAAGGGACUUAUAGCUGAACAUAUGUGAAGCCGACAUAGACUGGAAGUAGACUGAUUAUUUCAACCCACAAGAUUUUACAUUUGCUACAUUGCACCAAACUUAAUCAUUUGACUCCAGGGGUGAAACUAAAUCCUUUUUAAUUGUCCUUACUUUGAAGAGGAGCCUUUUUUUCCAGAAAAAGAAGCACAAUACAAAUUAAGCAUGAUGGUAACUGCUGGGAAUGUGCAUGGCCCUGCAAACCAUACUAAUUGUCCCUAUGUUCAAUCAGCUCAAGAUGAUAAAAGUAUAGAAAUUAUUCUGACAACUAUUCUUACUCUUCUUCUCUCCCUUCUGGGAUUUUUGGGAAAUGGAAUUGUGGUCUGGCUCCUUGGCUUUCGCAUUAAGAGGAAUCACUUCACCACCUACAUCUGGAAUCUCUCCAUUGCUGAUCUGGGUGUGGUCACUGGUCUACUGGGAAUUAAUACAUAUUGGCUUGUAGCUCGAGUGUCUGGCACCAAAUAUGAUGAUCCGAUGAAGACAGUGUUUCGUACUUUCUUCCUAGUUACAUACAGCACGAGUCAAUUUCUACUGACAGUCAUCAGCAUUGAUAGGUGUGUGUCUGUCUGUUUUCCAUUUUGGUAUCGAUACCACCAGCCACGACAUUUGUCCCUCGCUGUAUGUGGUGUAAUCUGGAUUUUCACCUUGCCACUGUUUCCUGCUCACACCAGUCUCUAUCUGAAAUAUGACUAUUGUGAACUAUGGUUCUAUCAAGUUUUGCUGAAUAUUGUGCUUACUACUCCAGGCAUAUCGAUAUCUACUGCUGCCAUGUUAGUUAAAGUAUGCUUGAUAUCUCCACAGCACAAGCGGGGAAAGCUUUUAACUGCCAUUUGGCUUGCUCUUAUUUUCUUCCUCCUCUUUGCUUUUCCAAUGAAUGUCAUUCAAUAUGCUGCUCGGUAUACUAGAUCUGAAAAUGUUUCCAUUUAUGAAUAUGGCUACAUAUGUGCAUCUUUCAACAGUACCAUUAACCCAUUCAUCUAUUUCCUAGUAGGGAGAGAAAGAAGGGGUCAAUGUUGGCAGAAAUUACAGCAAAUAUUAGAGAAAGUCUUCAAGGAGGAUGAAGACAGUAGAGAAACUGGAACUUCAGGUUCUAAUACAAUGGAGAUGGUACCAUAAAAGAUUCCUAACUCUAGUUUCAACAUUCCACCAGUUGCAAUUUACACUUUUUGUUCAACAGAAUUUUUUAAAGGCCUGUUUCAAUGUUCAAGCCUGUAAAGGUACUACAAAUUACACAGUUAAAUAAAUAGAGAAAAAUUCAUUGUUCUUGAAGAUAUGUGAUAUUAUCACAACCAACUUUGAACUCCCUGAACUAAAUCUCUCUUCUGGUUAGAAUUAAAGUAGAACUUUCCAAUUAGUAUGUUUUUACAGAUCUCUUAAUUCAUUGGUCAAUGAUUGAUCUAGUAGUUCCUCUUUGUUAUGGACUGUAUAUUGGAUUUAGGCUAGCAGUUUAUCUUGUAACAGUCAUAUGUUGAAACCUGAACUUCUGCAACUCAAGAACGCUUAAUAACUAACAUUUGGCAUAUCACAACAUAGAUAACACACUUUAUUGAGAGAUUAGAAGGCACCUAUGAAAAGCAAAUGCAUUGUAUGAUAUUUUGAAUUCAAUUAGGAAAUAAGGAAUUUUGUCACUCCAAAGGUCAAUUGGAAACAUGGGUAUUAAAUCUUUAAUUUUUGUGUUAUUUAAUAUUAUAACUUGUAAUCAAAUGUUUUGUAUGAUCCUAGUCCCAUAUUGGGCUGUGAGAUGAGUACACAAAAAUUUAUUUGUAUUUUCUUUCUUCAAAGGGUCCAUGUUUUAGCAAGUUGUGGCAAGGGAAGGCAGUCAAAAGCACCAGUCCUACUGUUAAUCCCAAUGAAAGUAGAUCCAUUGCAUCAGUAAAAUUAAACAUUUAUUAGUUGCAUAACAGAUAGUUGAAUCUGUUAUGCAAUCAUCUGCUAUCCUUACAGUACCUAAUCCUAACAUACCUGAAGUGUAUAUGUGUCUUCAAGACACACACACCCAUCCAUUAAUUUAAUUGGGUUUUCUUAAUCAAAGUAUACUCAGAGGUGGUUUUGCCUUUAUUAUUUUAUUUAUUCAUUACAACAUUUGUAUCCCGCCCUUCUCACCCAACAGGGGACUCAGGGUGGCUUACAAUAAAACACACAUAUAUAAAAAUAUAAAAUACAGUGCAAAUCAAUUAAAAUUAAUUAACUAAUUAAAUACAACAACAUUCCUAAAAAUACAGUGAUAAAUAAACAGAUGAUAACCUCAUCAUUCAGAAUCAAUUUUUAUUUAGGUUCCAGGGAGCCUUGAAAUAUCUAAUAUUCAGCCUGCAAAAAAUGACUGGGUUCCAUUUUAUCAACUCUCUCAAUUUUUUACUGUGCAUUGGUCUGUAACUUGCUAAAAAAAUCAGAGGAUGACUUACUUUAUGAAUUGUUAGGGUUCAAUUUAGUACGCUUAAUUUGAUCCUUUUGGCAUAUCAUUUAUGUGUGUGAGUUCUCAAUAAAUUUUGAUGAUACUUAAUUAAAAACAA